AUGGGGGAAGCUGUUUGUGCGCACUCUUUCAAGAUAAUCAAGUCGGGUACCACGUUGUUACAGUGGAACUGUUGGAUAUGCUGCUCUGGACCUCACUGGUGGAUCUUCCAAUGUAGAUACUGCGGGGCUACAUGGUGCCGUCCCUGCCUAGAAAAUGCUUAA